GGCCUGCGCGGGGCGGGGCCGGCGGGCCGGGCCGGGCGGCGCCGGGGCUUCCUCCCGCCGAGCAGCGCUCAGCCACGCCAGGCUCGGGAGAACGCCGGUCGGAGCGAGCAGGCAGCGGAGCGAGCAGGCGGUGAAGCCGGAACUUUCCUGUUUGCUACGUUGCAUAAUACAGUUGUCAAGUCUGCAAUAAUUUGGUGAAGAGUAAGAUUUAAUUACAUCAGUGCUCUGAAGUAAUAUUCAGAGUAACAUUGAAGAUCUUUUGAAGCCACUAAAAAUCUGAUAAUUGAAAGCAAUAAUGACAGACAUAGGAGAUGGACCACAUUUGAGGAAAGAUCAGGCAGAUGCAAAAUCUAUUCCAGAUUUUAAAGGAAAGAACCUACCUGCUAGCAAGUCUAUGGACUCUGGAAUUCUGCCAGACCACAGUUACAGAAUGGAUUAUCCAGAGAUGGGGGAAUGUGUAAUAAUAAACAAUAAGAACUUCGACAAACGUACCGGGAUGGCGUCACGUUCAGGUACAGAUGCAGAUGCUGCAAGUGUUAGAGACAUUUUUAUGAAGUUGGGAUAUAAAGUAAGGAUCAACAAUGAUCUUUCAUGUAAAGACAUUUUUAGAGUAUUGAAAAAUGUUUCUGAGGAGGAUCACAGCAAGCGAAGCAGUUUUGUUUGUGUGUUGCUAAGCCAUGGCGAGGAGGGAUUGAUCUAUGGUACAGAUGGGCCUCUUGAGCUGAAAGUACUAACAAGCCUUUUCAGAGGUGACAGGUGCAGAAGUUUGGCAGGAAAACCCAAGCUCUUUUUCAUUCAGGCUUGUAGAGGGACAGAGUUGGAUUCCGGCAUUGAGACAGACAGUGGAUCAGAGGAAACAAUGUGUCAGAAAAUACCUGUAGAGGCAGACUUCCUCUAUGCCUAUUCUACAGCUCCAGGCUAUUACUCCUGGAGAAAUUCAGCUGAAGGGUCAUGGUUUAUUCAGUCACUGUGUAAAAUGCUGAAGGAACAUGCAAGGAAACUUGAACUCAUGCAGAUUUUAACUCGUGUCAAUCGCAGAGUGGCAGAGUAUGAGUCCUGCUCAACUCGACAAGAUUUUAAUGCAAAGAAACAGAUUCCAUGUAUUGUCUCUAUGCUCACCAAAGAAUUUUAUUUCCCUUCCUAAAAUAGUUUUUCAGUUCUUUUUUUUUUUAUCUGCAUUUUAUAUGCAAUAUUAGUACAAAAUACCACUUUUAAAUCUGAAUAAUAUUUCACUACUGUGUGUGACACAAUGAAGUGUCUCAAAGUUAGGUAUAUGUCUGUUGUUAGAAGUAAAACAAUAUGGCUGUGUAGAAAUGCAAAGCUGAGUAACUGAAGCAGAUUUGAAAGUAGUGCUGGGAGUAUUGCAAACAAUUAGGAAGGCAAGACUGAAGAAAGAUCAAAUCAUUUAUUGGAGCUAUUUGGUGCUACUUUUCACUUUGCUGAAGGGACAGGAAAGAAUCUUGUACAUAGUUUGGCUUCAUUUCUUACGAAGAAGAUUCAAAAUGUCAAUGAUGGUGAUAUGAUAGUAGUGGCAUUACGUUUUUCUUCUUAACUCAAGUUCUUAAAGUUUAAGUUAUAAACUAACCUAAACUAUUUUUACACUUUGGGGCAUAAACUGUGGAAAACAGCCAUUCCUAAUUUUACGUACAAUUGUGACACAUGUUUAGAGUACAGUCGGUUAUUCCUGAUAAUUUAAUAACUUUGUGUAUGGAAUAUUAGAUAAAACAACAUGGUAGCUAUUUCAAAAUAAAUUUUGCAUUCUGACCUUGAAGCUGAGUACCCAAGGGACUAGUCUUCUAAAAUGUCUUUUUCUGCAGCUCCCUAAGGGUGGAGCUGUUGGGGCAUACUUGGGGCUAUAAGAACCAGUGCAAAAGGAAGUUUGCAUUCUGAGCAAUCUGCCUUCCUCUUUUUAGCCUUAGAUAAGAGUGGGUUGGCACUGUGUGUACCACGUGUAAUCUGUGUGAACACCUAGAUUUGUGGUACUGGAGAAAUUUCACUUCGUAACGCUAAUUCCACUGAGUUAAUUACAAACUUUAGCUAAAAUAUGUUAACAAAUAGUAAAUUUAUAUCUCUUGAAUCUGAAUUUUGUAAAACAGACUUACAAAAUUGCAAAACAUUUUUGCUGAUGUUUCAAUUUGUAACAGUCUUUUUAAGAUCAGUGGGAGACAGAAUAUGAAAUUACCAUAGGUGCUUGCAAAACAAGACUUGAAACUCUUUUAAAAUUGUGAAGCAAAAACAAUGUUGGCAAAUUGAUGUUCACUUCCAGAGUCAUUUCGUACUUGGGGUUUUUUUUAAUUAAAUGCUGCUUCCUAGAUUGCA